ACACACUCUUUUCAAGAGGUAAGUAAUGGGAUAAUACGAUGAAUACUUAUAAGAGAAAUCUUAUUCCAUCGUGGUCUCAGUGUUCGAUUAUUCUUUUUCGUUAUCAGUCAUUUCGUGGAGUUUUUUCCAUCACAUCAAAAUGAUCUUCAGAACGAUCAUCUCUGUAUUCGCCGCCAUCGCAGCCUCAGAAGCUGGUUUCCAUCCGUUACCCUACUCUGCCUACUCAGCAUACCCAUACUCGUCACCUUUCGCUUACCCUUACGCUUUACCUUCAGCACUUCCGGUAAAAACAAUAGCUCCAGUCGCAGCAGCACCUUUCGCUAGAGCUGUAGCAGCCCCAGCUCCGUUCGUCCGAGCACUUCCAGCAUCUCCAGUAGCUGCAGUUGCUCCAGCUCCUUUGGUUAGAGCAGCAGUCCCAGCUCCUUUCACAGCACCGGUCGCCCCAGCAUUUGCUCCAGCCCCUAUUCCAGUUCCAGUUGCUGCCCCAGUUCCUGUAGCUGCAGCCAAAAUUGACUACGCUGAUGCUUACCCCCAAUACCAAUACGCUUAUAAUGUCCAAGACACUUUGACCGGUGACUCGAAAGCUCAAGAAGAGAUCAGAGAAGGUGAUGUAGUCAAAGGAAGAUACAGCCUGAUUGAAGCUGACGGAAGCAGAAGAACUGUUAACUAUUAUGCCGAUUCGUUGAACGGUUUCAAUGCUGUUGUGCAAAAAGAUCUGCCCGUUGUGGCUGCUGCUCCGGCCAUUGUAUCGGUGUAGUUAGCUGAUGGUCUGGCUUGAAAUAGCAUCUUUCCGAAUGAUCUACUCCGUUGUAUAAUAUUCCACUAUGUUCUGUUGAUAUUUCUCUAUGUGUGCCUUAUUAUGUUUCCUAAUAAAGUCGUUUUUAUAAUUA